AUGAAAGAGAUAUUUAUUUUUUUGGCAGUUUCAACUUACGUAAUACUUUGUGCGGGUAGUACUAUAAAACAAGAAAAUGAGAAACCGUUAGAGUGGUGGGAAACCACUAUAGUGUAUCAAAUAUAUCCGCGUUCUUACGUUGACAGUGACGGUGAUGGAAUUGGUGAUAUUAAAGGUAUAACUUCAAAAUUGGAGUAUAUAAAAGAACUUGGUGCUGGUGCUAUAUGGCUCUCCCCAAUUUUUCAAUCCCCGAUGUAUGACUUUGGGUAUGACAUCGCCGACUUUUAUGCAAUUCACGAUGAAUUCGGAACUAUGGAGGAUUUCGACGAGCUUCUAGAUAAGGCGAAUGAAUUAGACAUCAAAGUCGUAUUAGAUCUGGUACCGAAUCAUACUUCAAACGAAAGUGUAUGGUUUCAAGAAGCUCUUAAUGGGAAUGAGAAAUAUUACAAUUACUUUGUAUGGGAAGAUGGAGUCGUAGAUGAAAAUGGAAACUUGCAACCACCAAAUAACUGGCUAAGCCACUUUAGAGGUAGCGCUUGGGAAUAUAGAGAAGAAGUCGGAAAAUAUUACUUGCAUCAAUUCGUUGUUGGUCAGCCAGAUCUAAACUAUCGUAACCCUGAUGUAGUCGCUGAAAUGAAGGAUAUUAUACGUUUUUGGCUGGACAAAGGAGUUGCUGGAUUUAGGGUUGAUGCCGUGAACUGCUUAUUUGAAGUUGACAAGGAACUUUUUGGAGGAAAAUAUCCAGAUGAACCAUUAUCAGGCAGGAUAGAUGUUGAUCCAGAAUCUCACGAUUAUCUGAAUCACAUUUAUACAAAAGAUCAGAACGAAACUUAUUACAUGGUCUACGAAUUUAGAGAUGUAUUCGAUGAGAUAUCCGCAAAAGAUGGAUUGCUCAGAGUUAUGAUGACUGAAGUUUAUGCAACUAUUCAAGACGUCGUAAGAUACUAUGGUGAAGGUGACAUAGAAGGGGCCCAAAUGCCUUUUAAUUUUGACUUGAUCACUGACACUUCUGCAUCAUCUAGUGCAGCUGAUAUAAAAAAGGCCAUCGAUAAAUUUUUAACUUAUAAGCCUGUCGAUAAAAUUGCAAAUUGGGUCGUUGGCAACCAUGAUCAGAGUAGAACAGCAACGCGCUACGGAACUUCUUUAGUCGAUGGUAUUAAUAUGAUAGUACUCUUGCUCCCUGGGGUAGCUGUCACAUAUAUGGGUGAAGAAUUGGGAAUGGUUGAUGGAUAUGUUAGCUGGGAAGACACUGUAGAUCCAGCGGGUUGCAAUACCAAUGACCCUAUCAAUUACGUUCUUAAAUCAAGAGAUCCUGAGCGUACGCCAUUCCAAUGGAAUGCAGAAAAGAAUGCAGGAUUUUCUACUGCAGACAAGACUUGGUUACCAAUUGCUGAAGGCUAUGAGACCUUGAACGUGGAAGUUCAAAAAAAUGCUGCGAGAUCUCAUUUCAAAGUUUAUCAAGCAUUAGCCGAUCUUCGGCAAGAGAAUGCUUUCAAAUAUGGCAGAUUGGACUCUUUGGCUCUCAAUAAGGAUAUUUUUGCAUUUAAAAGAUGGUAUAUGGAAGAGACUUAUUUAGUGAUAGUUAAUAUGCGGGAAACAGAACAUGUGGUGAAUUUGACGUAUUUCGAGAAUGUUCACGGUGACGCCAGCGUGGUCGUUAGAAGCGUCCAGUCUCCCAAGGAUGAAGGAGACAUUUUCAACGUUUCCGCCCUACCCGUCGCUGGAUAUGAAAGUGUCGUCGUUAAGUUACUUUAA